AUGUCUUGUUCUGGGACUAAACUAACCGAUAAAAAUGUGAAAAGGAGCUGUCAGCGUGUUCAUUCAGAGAAAUUGGAAAAAGUUUCUAAACAUCCUCGUCUUUCAGAUAAUUCACGUAGUGAUAUUGUACAUAGCUUGCCGAUUUCGCAUACAAAUGAAUUGACUCCUAAUAGCGUGUCAAACGGCCUCGAUGAUACUCAUAGUCCUUUAGCUGGAAGUAUUGAUCGACUUGCUCAGUUAUCAGCCUUGAUUGAUCAGUGUUCUCAUGGAGAAUUGUUGCACAUUAAAAAUACAAUAAAACCCUUAUUGAAACGAGAUUUUAUAGCGCACUUACCUGUUGAAAUUUCUUUGCGUAUCCUGAAGUACUUAUCACCUAGAGAUGUAUUUCACUGUACUCAGGUCUCUCAAAGUUGGCUGCAUGUUUGUAGCGACAACCUGUUGUGGUAUUAUUUGUGUGUAUCUUCUGGAUUAUGUAGUUCAUUAUGCCUGAAAUCCAUGAUCGAAUAUCAUCCAGCUAUUCGAUGCAAUAACUGUCCAUUAUGUACCAAUAAAUCUGUCAUUAGCGCUUAUAAUGAUGCAAAAUAUCGUAUUGAUAAUGUUGUAGCCAGUAAUUCGGAUGUUGUUUCUAGUGACGGUGUUGAGGAAAAGAAUACUUCUGAGGGUGUUAAAAAAUAUGUGAGCAAUGUUAGCGUAAAAAGUGAUCAUAUCCAACUAAAUGAUGAGUCAACAUCUUUUUCGUCUUCAAACGUCAGUUCGUCAAAAUGUUCUCUUAUAAACAAGGUUAAUUGGAAGUCCUUCUAUCGUCAAGAUUUGCAUACUCAAUGUAAUUGGAGAAAUGGUGGACCAUGGCAGCCAAUUGUUGCACCAGCUCAUCACAAUCAUGUUAUUACUUGUUUAGAAGUUUAUGAAGAAUGGGCGAUCACUGGAUCAGAUGAUUCUAGUAUAUGUGUAUGGAAUAUAAAUACUGGCCAGUGUUUAAUAAACUUGUUUGGUCAUCUCGGUGGCGUUUGGUCAAUGACUGUUAUACCGAGUCAAUUUUAUCCAGCAAAAAAGGAUUAUCAUCCGUUCAGUCAAUAUCCUCUACUUAUAUCAGGUAGUUGUGAUCGAACUGCACGUGUUUGGCAAUUAGACGGUCAUCGUUGGCCUUGCAUAGCUACAUUGUUUGGACAUCAGUCAACUAUCCGAUGUUUAGCUAGCCAAAAACCAUGCUCUGCUCCAAAAUUUGUUUUAAACAAUACUCAUAGUUGUAAUUGCAACGUCAGUGGAAAUAAUCCUAGUACACUUGGUCCAGAUAUGUGCUCAAACGAUAAUAGUGGCGAUGCUAUUGAUAAUUUCAAUAUUAUCGGGGAUAAUAUUUCUGAAAAAGAAUAUAUUCUAUCAAAUAUAUCGGCUAACAAAGGGAAUGACGGUAAUGAUAACGGACAUCAUUAUGAUAAUGCUUAUGGAAACAUAAAUGUUAAUCUCAUGAAUAACAACUCAGAAUCAAACAAACCCGAUGCAGGCGAGCAGAUAUUUAAACAAGAGACUUUUGAAAAUAGUCAUUUAGUUGUUACAGGUAGCCGCGAUACAACUUUACGUUUAUGGAAUGUGUUAACUGGUGAAUGUGUUCAAGAAUUUCGAGGUCAUCGUGGUGCCAUACGUUGUGUCCAGUUUACAGGUGAUCAAAUCGUAUCUGGUAGUUAUGAUUGUACAAUUCGUUUAUGGUGUGCACUACAAGGUCAUUGUUUGCGUGUAUUUAGUGCUCAUACAAAUCGUGUUUAUACCUUAUUAUUUGACGGUUAUCAUAUAAUCAGUGGUUCACUAGAUACAACUAUACGUAUAUGGAAUGUGCAAACAGGCCAACUGGAGCAAACAUUUUAUGGUCACCGUUCAUUGACUAGUGAAUUGGCUUUUGGUUCUGAACAAAAUAUUUUAGUUUCAAGUAAUGCAGAUGAAACCAUUCGGGUAUGGCAUAUCCAUACUGGGAAAUGCAUACAUAUUCUUGCUGGCCCUCACAAACAUCAAUCAGCUGUUACUUGUGUCCAGUUGACACGUAAUUUCAUCAUAUCUUCAGGUGAUGACGGUACCGUUAAGCUUUGGGAUAAGCGGUCCGGUGCAUACAUUCGAGAUUUGUUAAGACUUGAUGGAGCUGGGCGUGGUGGAGUUAUUUGGCGUAUAGUUGCAUCUGAAGAACGUUUAAUAUGUGCUGCUGGCAGCCGAAUCGGUAUGGAGCCCACAAAAUUAGUUAUAUUACGAUUUCAAGAACCUCAAAUUUGUUCAAAGCAUUCGAAAAAUAAAGCAUAUACGAUUAAUCAUAUUUGUCGUCCUAGGCAAAAAUAUGCUCCAGAACCAAGACUUAGUCAGAUUUUGUGUACAAAUCCAAGUAGAAAUUAA